AUGGCAGAACUGAAUCAGAAGCUUCGUGUUGCUAUCAUCGGAGGGGGCAUUGGGGGCCUUACGUGCGCUAUCGCACUCAAAGAUUGUAAAUCGUUAGAGGUUGAACUAUACGAAUCCGCGUCCCAGCUGACAGAAAUCGGAGCUGGCAUCACGCUGUGGCACCGUACAUGGACUAUUUUGAAGAACCUUGGAUUGGAGAAAGAUUUUUUGGAGAUAACUGACGAAAAGCCUCGGGACGAGCCUGGUACGAAAUCUCAGCCGCUGCGUGUAUCGGAUCGUGGAUUCCAUCGCCACGAUGUUCAGAAGGCGCUCUUGAAAAACCUGCCUCCCGGGGUUACAUGCCACCUGUCCCACCGGCUCGUUAGUUACUCAGAAACUAAAGAUGGAAUCCAACUCGAAUUCCAAAACGAGCGCACUGCUUUUUGUAAUCUGCUCAUCGCAGCUGAUGGAAUUAAAAGCAUCGUCCGAGCGAAGCUGAUGGCCAAACUGUAUCCAGAAAUCGAUAGCAAAAUUAUCGCACCCGUUUUCUCAGGGACCCUUGCAUACCGAGGGCUAUUUCCUGUUGGCGACCUUGCAAAACGAUGGCCCGGACAUCGUGCACUAAAGAAGCGAAUGGUGCACAUCGUUGUAUACCCCGUAUCACAAGGUCGGUUCAUCAAUGUGGUCGCAUUUAGUUCGGUCCUGUCAGAUGAAGGUAAACCAUUCGAUGGACCUUUUGUUGCAGAAGCAAACAAAGACAAGAUGAUGUCCAAUUUCAUGGACUGGGAGGACGAAAUAAAGGUUCUUCUACAGUGCAUUGAUAACCCCACAGUAUGGGCCAUACAUGCGCUCAAUCCAUUGGGAUUAUACGCUUCUGACCGAGUUGUGCUCCUCGGUGACGCGGCUCACGCUAUGACACCGCAUCUCGGUGCAGGGGCAGGACAAGCUAUCGAGGAUGCAUACGUCCUUGGGUCCCUGUUGUCCAAAUCAGCAGAAACACUUGAAUCGAUUCCAGAGGUACUGGCCGCUUACAACAAGAUCCGUCAACCAUAUGGGAACUACAUCCUCUCUACAGCAAAAACAGAGGGGUUCCCUAUAUGA